AUGGGUCUUGGCCCACUCCCUCAUGUCACGUCCACUCUUGACAGCGCCCAAACUCUAAACCUUUCCCAGGGCAGACUUCCAAAACGUGAAGGGCUUAGGUUGUUGGGAAGCACGCUGGCCAACCAUUUUGCACAGGAAUCGGUUCCUCCAGAAACAAGCGAAGAGAACAACAGCCGAGGUAGCUGCAGAAAAACUUAUAAAACUG